AUGACGUCCAAACCAAAGCUCGUCGACAGUCGGACCGGCUCGUCUAAAGUUUCUCGGCAGCCGGAGGUUCAACCCAUACCACCACUUGAGUCUGCUCCCGUCCGCUUCUUCCUUCCGUUGAACAUUGCAUUUUAUUUGCUUCUCUCUUCACAUGCCAUAGCAGCACUAUAUGCCCCUAUCCAGGACUGCGACGAGACAUACAACUAUUGGGAGCCUCUUCAUUAUCUCACCCAUGGCUAUGGUCGACAAACCUGGGAAUACUCUCCUGAAUUCGGCAUCCGAAGCUGGGCUUAUAUUCUUAUCCAUGCCAUUCCUGCCAAGAUCAUUGGGUUACUCAGUCACUCGAAAACGACAGAGUUCUAUGGACUACGACUUGUCCUCGCCGCAGUAUGUGCAUCCACGGAAACGAGGCUGUACUCUGCCAUAUCCCGCAUCCUGAAUCCUCGCAUCGCCAUCGUUUACCUGAUGAUCGUGGCUUUCUCUCCGGGCUUCUUCUAUGCGUCUGCUGCUUUGCUGCCCUCGAGCUUUGCCAUGUACACGUCAGCACUCGGACUUACUUGCUUUAUCGACAGGCGUGCCGGUCUGAAGACGGCAAGUGGGAUCAUGUGGUUCGCCAUCGGUGGUCUGCUGGGAUGGCCCUUUGCUGCGGCACUCAUCCUUCCAUUUGUCGCCGAAGACUUUUUAAUCGCUGCGGUCGGGGGAAACUACAUCUUUGAUGUUUUUGUUCGAUAUCUGAACGGUGCGGCGCGAUCGCUUGUCGUGCUUGCUUUACAGGUCGGUGUAGAUUCGUUGUUCUUCGGGAAGUUGAUUGUCGUACCCUGGCAAAUCGUCGCAUACAACGUCUUUGGGGGCCAGGAUCGAGGUCCCGACAUCUUUGGCACAGAACCCUGGCAUUACUAUGCCCGAAACCUGUUGCUCAACUUCAACUUGUGGUUCAUUCUUGCGGUCAUCUCAGCACCUCUCUUCAUUUUGCAGUCUUUGAUCUUGAAUCAAGCUUCGACCGCACAAUCACGUCUUCGCACUCUUACCUUGCUGGCGCCUUUCUACCUCUGGUUGGGCAUUUUCAGCGUUCAGCCUCACAAGGAAGAGCGAUUCAUAUACCCAGCGUAUCCGUUUCUUGCGUUGAACGCUGCUAUCGCCUUUCACUCGUUGUUGGUCUGGAUUGGUUCCUCUGACUCGAUCAUCUUUGGCAAAAUCCCCACGAGGCUCAAGUUUGCAGGCACUCUCCCAGUUGUGUUCCUUGCCAUCAACAUCGGUCUCUUACGUAUUGCCGGGACAUUGACCGCAUAUCGAGCGCCUUUGGAGAUUUACAGUGCACUUAACACUCCUGGACUUAAUGUGACAGGGCAAAAUAUCUGUCUUGGGAAAGAUUGGUAUCGAUUUCCCAGCUCUCACUUUCUGCCCAACGACUCACGCGCCAAAUUCAUCAAAAGCGAGUUCGAUGGUCUUCUACCUGGCGAGUAUCCAGAGUGGAAUUUCACAUCGAGCUAUUUCCCAGGCACGUGGAUAAUUCCGGAUGGGAUGAAUGAUUUGAACCAAGAAGAUCCAGGAAAACAUGUCGACAUUGAGCAGUGCACCUACCUCGUGGAUUCGCAAUUUGAGGACACUCGUGCAACCGAGCAUGAACCAUUGUACAUCCGUGAUGACAAGUGGGAACAUGUCUCAUGCAUACCGUUCUUGGACACUUCAAAAACGGGUUUGAUAGCCAGGACAAUUUGGGUGCCGGAUAUUCCUCUGGUCCCUCCAAAAUACCGUCGCCAUUGGGGACAGCAUUGUUUGUUGCGGCGAAAGACGGUUGAAUGAAGAGAAGAUAGGUGGCUAAGAAGGGUAUUUGACCACGAGG